AUGGCUGCCGAAAACAAGCCGGAAGGACUGAAGAAAGUACGUAAUCCGGAUCGAAUGUACAGAUCAGCAGUGUGUUAUGCUGGCCAUGGUCCACCUAAGAGUAUCAGUGAUGACACAGAGACGAACAAUGAACAUGGACAUUUGAAAAUAUACCUGCCCAAGAAGCUGCUUGAAUGUCUACCAAAAUGCACCUCGCUGCCAAAGGAGAGACACCGAUGGAACACUAAUGAGGAGAUCGCAGCUUACUUGAUAACAUUUGAAAAGCAUGAAGAAUGGCUAACGACAUCCCCUAAAACAAGGCCGCAGAAUGGGUCGAUGAUACUGUACAAUAGGAAGAAGGUGAAGUACAGAAAGGAUGGCUACUGCUGGAAGAAGAGGAAAGACGGGAAGACCACACGGGAGGAUCACAUGAAGUUGAAAGUGCAGGGAGUUGAGUGUCUGUAUGGCUGCUACGUCCACUCCUCCAUCAUCCCCACCUUCCACCGUAGGUGCUACUGGCUGCUCCAGAACCCUGAUAUUGUGCUCGUCCACUAUUUGAAUGUUCCGGCUAUUGAGGAUUGUGGGAAACCAUGUGGACCGAUCCUGUGCUCCAUCAAUACCGACAAGAAGGAGUGGGCCAAGUGGACCAAGGAGGAGCUGAUUGGCCAGCUCAAGCCCAUGUUUCAUGGCAUCAAGUGGACUUGCAGCAAUGGGAACAGCAGCUCUGGCUUCUCAGUGGAGCAGCUAGUGCAACAGAUUCUGGACAGCCACCAAACUAAGCCACCUCCCCGGACUCACAACUGCCUCUGCACGGGCACCCUGGGUGCAGGAAGCAGUGUACACCACAAAUGCAAUAGCGCCAAACACCGUAUCAUCUCCCCUAAAGUCGACCCCCGCUCAGGUGGCUACAGCAGUGCCCACUCUGAGGUCCAAAACAACGAUGUGUCAGAAGGGAAGACUGAGCACAGUGCCCACGGUGGAGGCAAAAGCUCUGGUGGAGGCGGCGGAGGGGGCAGCACCAGGGAGAAACGCAACGGCAAAGUCCACAAGCCUGUCCUGCUCCACCAGAACAGCACAGAGGUGUCGUCCACCAACCAGGUCGAGGUCCCUGACACCACGCAGAACUCCCCCGUUUCCAUCAGCAGCGGCCUCAACAGUGAUCCAGAUAUGGCUGACAGCCCUGUGGUGACAGGAAUGAGCCACGUGGCCUCCGUCAUGUCUGGCCUGUCCCAGAGUGUCUUUAUGUCUGAGGUCACUGGAGACCCUGUCUACAGCAUGUCUCCUACUGGGGGUCCCAAUACUCACCUGAUAGGUGCAGAUGCCACUUCACAGGGCUUGGUGCUGUCUGUGACCUCUGAUCGUCACAAAUUUGCCUUCCCCAGUGGAGGAGUAGGGGAACCUGGGACUACCACAGCAGGAGACAGCUUAACCAUGUUGUCUACAGCUGGGGUGUCUGAGGAACUGGUGCUGUCCAGCAGUCUGGACUCUGGAUCCAUCAAGAUCCCAGAGACCAAUAUGAACUUUGACCCUGACUGCUUCCUGAACAACCCCAAACAAGGCCAGACCUAUGGAGGCAGUGCAAUGAAGACAGAAGGCAACUCUUCAACCUCUUCUUCCUCCGGUGGUAACGGUAGCACUAAUGGAAAUCUGCAGCGCUCCCCUCCCAUGUCAGACAAUGGCUACACCUUUAGCUCAGCUCUCGUAAAAAACAUCAAGACAGAAGACACAUCCUUCGAGCAGCAGCUGGCCAAGGAGAGUGGCUACCAGGUGGGGCCGGUAGUAAAUUGUGGCAGUGGGGUGUCCGUGUCAUCUGGUGCUGGUUCAGGCCCGGGCAGCCUUACUCUGACUGCAGCAGGGUCCCUGCUCCCUUCUGGUGGGGGUCUGAGUCCCAGCACUACCUUGGAGCAGAUGGACUUCAGUGCCAUUGAUGCCAAGCAAGACUACACUUCCAGUGCUACCACAGUGAGUUAUGCUCAGGCCAUGUCCAGUCCUCACAUGCAACACCAGAAUCGUUCACCCAGCUUUUUCCUCCAGGAUGGAUCUCAGAACAACCAGACGCAGCAGGGGAGGCCCAACAUGGGCCAGAAAACACAUAUGAUGGAGCACAACUCCCAUGACGCUGGAGCGUAUAUGGGGCUACAGGUGGUGAAAACAGACUCCCCUGGCAGCAACGGCCACCUUCAUCACCACCAUCAAGCCCAUCAGCCCCAGCACAGGGCCAAUUGUAAUGGAGGUUCACCUGCUGAGGGCCCUGGCCAAGCUGGCUCUCUCCAACUGCUGCAAUACCAGGGGAGCUUUCCAGGGCUGGGCGCUGAGCACGAGGAGGUGGUUGGUCUAGAGCAACCAGGCAGUGUGAAUUCAGGUCAGACUGGAGCCACGGAGAACGGAGCUGAGACUCUACUCAAGCCAGGAGAUCACAUUCAGGCUUGUGGGGCAGGAAAUGGAGAGGGAGGGGGAGCAGAACACUACCUGCAACAGGCGUCGGAUGGUGGCGGUGGAGGGACAGGAGGUGCAGGUGAAGGUGUUGCAAUUCAUAAUGGAAACAACAACAGUGAUGGCAGCAACCGCAACCAGCAGCAACAGCAGCUGCAGCCUCUCCUGCAGGGCACAAGCAUGGUCCAGGGACUCUACAACGCUGUUGGAACCCACCAAGGCCUGGGUGGUGCGGCCACAAAUGGAGGAGCAGGAGGAACGGGCAUGGAGAUCAGUCUGGACCACUUUGACAUCUCUUUUGGAAACCAGUUCUCUGACCUCAUUAAUGACUUCAUCUCAGUGGAUGGCAGUGGAACUGCCAUGUCAGCUGGAGGGGCCCUAUAUGCUCACCAGCUAGUCACAUCUCACAGCUCUGAUAAUCAGAACACAGCUGGUGGGCCCCCUCAGCAAGGCCAGGAGGAUGGAGGGGCCAGGGGCUCUGGCUACAGCCCGUCAGAGCUCUGCCUUCAACCCUGCUGCAGCCCCCAGUCUCUAAGUGGAGGGGCCGGAGCAGGAGGAAAUGCAGGAGAGGCUGGCUCAUUGUCAUACAUGAAUGUAGCAGAGGUGGUUUCUGCAGCCGUUGCUCAAGGGGCUCUGGGGAUGCUUCAGGCAACAGGCCGGCUCUUCAUGGUCACUGACUACUCCCCGGAGUGGUCCUAUCCUGAGGGUGGUGUUAAGGUUCUGAUCACUGGGCCCUGGCAAGAGGCCAGCUCAAACUACAGCUGCCUGUUUGACCAGAUCUCAGUCCCAGCUUCUCUUAUCCAACCAGGGGUGCUGCGUUGCUACUGCCCAGCUCAUGAUACAGGUCUGGUGACGCUACAGGUGGCUGUCAGUAACCAGAUCAUCUCCAAUUCGGUGGUGUUUGAGUAUAAGGCUCGCGCUCUUCCUUCACUGCCAUCAUCUCAGCAUGACUGGCUCUCUCUGGAUGAUAACCAGUUCAGAAUGUCUAUCCUGGAGCGCUUGGAGCAGAUGGAGAGGAGGAUGGCAGAGAUGGCCAGCCACCAGCAGCCGAGCAGCGCAGGGAGUGGCGGAGCUGGAGGAGGAACGGGGGGAGGAGGAGGAGGAGGAGGCGGNGGUGGAGGGGGAGGCAACAACAGUCAGUCACAGUGUGUAUCUGGCCAGACGCAGGCCAGCAGCUCCUUCGAGAGUCGUGUCGUGGUGGUCUGUGAGAAGAUGAUGAGCAGAGCUUGCUGGGCCAAGUCCAAACAUUUAAUCCACUCCAAGACCUUCAGAGGCAUGACACUCCUUCACCUGGCUGCUGGCCAAGGCUACGCCACCCUCAUUCAGACACUCAUCAAGUGGCGUACCAAGCAUGCAGAUAGCAUUGAUUUGGAAUUAGAAGUGGACCCUCUCAAUGUGGAUCACUUCUCCUGCACGCCUCUGAUGUGGGCAUGUGCGCUUGGUCACCUGGAGGCAGCAGUGGUCCUGUAUAAAUGGGACAGACGUGCCCUCGCUAUCCCAGAUUCUCUGGGCCGCUUACCCCUUUCAAUUGCCCGGUCUCGUGGUCAUACCAAAUUGGCAGAAUGUCUGGAGCAGCUUCAGAGGGAAGAGCAGCAGACACCAGCCCCUCUACCACCCACAACUCGCAUGUCUUUUUCCCCGGCCCCUGACGCACCCACCACAGACAGCUGGAUGGUCAGCUGGGCAAACGACAGUGUAGUAGCACCCAGUGGCAAGAAAGGAGGUCCUGUCACCACCACAACCACAUCCAGCACCACCAGCCUCAAUCCAGACUUGAGAAGGCCCAGGUCAGAGCCCUCCAACUACUACAGCAGUGAGGGCCAAAGAGACCUUCCACUAGCUAAAAAACAUAAACCCAACCCAGAACUGUUUCAGACUCGGCCUGACAAGGCCAUGUCUGUCCCUCUGAGCCUGGAGCAGCAGCAGCUCCACAAGCUAUCCUCAAGCACUAAGAGCCUAUCCUCAGAAGGCCUGAGCUCAGACAAAGGCCUGUCUACAGGAGGCAGUACCGGAACAGUCCGGUGGACCUCCAGAGAGGGCUUCUCCAGCAGCAAUUUGGGGAGGAAGGCACUGGGGAUCAGUGGAAGCAGCAGCCUGGGGAAGGAGAAACUGGUCAACCGGUUACGUCAGCGGGAACAGCUAGGCAUGCUGGUAAUGGCAGACAGAGAGAUGGCAGAUUCAGAAUUGCUGUCAUAUCGAGAGGAUCUGGAGAACCAGGACUGUCUCACACAGAUGGAUGACCUACAGGUAAAUAUGAUGACUCUGGCAGAGCACAUAAUUGAAGCAACGCCAGAGAGAAUCAAAAGGGAGAACUUCACCCCGUCGGACUCUGUGCCCUUAGACACAUCAGGGGUCAGCAACACCAUGAACUGGCUGGCCAACUACCUGGGAGAUGUAGAACAGCUGCCAAGCAUCAUACAUCUACGGUCUCUGUAUAAUGAACCCCUGACCCCUUCAUCCAACCCCAGCUUGAGCCCUGGGGCGUCUCCACUGAGAGAGGGGCCCCUGGAAAGGUCAACGCUCCCUUCCCCAGCUGACUGGAGUGAGUUCAUCAAUGCCUCCAACAGCAAGGUGGAGCGAGACCUGGCCCAGCUGACUCUGUCAGAUCCAGAGCAGAGAGAGCUGUAUGAGGCCGCCCGCCUAGUCCAAACUGCCUUCCGCAAGUACAAGGGGCGGCCGCUCCGAGAGCAACAAGAAGUAGCUGCUGCUGUUAUACAACGUUGUUACAAGAAAUACAAACAGCUAACAUGGAUAGCCUUGAAGUAUGCACUUUAUAAGAAGAUGACGCAGGCCGCCAUCCUUAUCCAGAGUAAAUUCCGCAGCUACCACGAACAGAAGAAGUUCCAGCAGAGCAAGAGGGCUGCCGUGCUCAUUCAGCAAUACUACCGCAGCUACAAGGAGUUUGGCAGGCUGAAGCCCCACCAUCGUGGGGCUGCUGCUGCCUUGGUGCAGCACAAACUGAGAGGUAGUCUGCUUACAAAGAGGCAGGAUCAGGCUGCCAGGAAGAUUAUGAGGUUCUUACGACGCUGCCGCCACAGCCCCUUGAUGGACCAUAGACUGUUCAAGCGGGGUGAAAGAAUUGAAAAGGGCCAAGGAACAUGA